AUGAACCUUGCAUACCUUCAACCAGACACCGACAUGUCUCUACCACUAGGUGUCAACAGUGAUGAAAUAAUAACCACUACAGAGACGUGGAUAGACAAUUCAACGGACAUUAUUAAUACAGCAAUUCUCAUAGCCCCUGAUCCCAUCCCAAUAAUGUGCCUGACGAAAGUCAACGGAUUGCAAAUCUCUACUCGGAUGAUCUGCCAUGGAGCAAUUGCCUUAUUAGGAUGGAUGUUCUACCUGCGUGUGGCAUCAUCACCAUACCUUCCGGUACUCGACCACUCGGAUUACCUUAUCGAGCAGUAUCUCGACAUAGUUGACAUUUGUGAUGCAAGGAUGCCGGAUUUAUUUGUGCGAUUUCCGCCGGAGUACAGCUAUGCUGAUAACGCCUAG